GUUCAUUUUAUCUGAUCUUGUCGAAGUGUUAUGAUGAACGAAGUUUUAGGAAGUUUUUUAGCUUUUACCGUUUUCUGUACAGAACUAAGGAUAAGCUUAGGCACACAGAAUCGCUGUAGUAGAGUUUCUAGUGGCAAAUAUCGGCACUUCUCGGAGAAUGAACGAAUUAAAUUAAGAGAAAAAGCUAAAGAGAUGUUUUACUUUGGGUAUGACAAUUACAUGAAUUUUGCUUUUCCUAAAGACGAACUCGAUCCGAUUCAUUGCACAGGAAGAGGACCGGAUCAUGACAAUCCGUGAGUGUUUUCUCGUUAAUUGUUACUACCACGCCAGUUGUGUUUACUAAGGAUGUAUGACGUUUACCACUGAUCUUACCUGAAAUUCAAAUUAUCCCCUUUAAUCAAGUUGUACGAAAUAUGUCUUUAAAUGGACCCAUGUAUAUGAACAUGGUUUCUUUGUAAGAGGAGUUCCUUACAAGGUAAUCAACGAAGAAACUCUUUUUAUUGAAGGAUCGAAGGUCACAGAUAAGUUGUAUUCGCAAUUUUGUCUUUGGUAUCUCAGAAGUGGUUGAUCAAUCAUUCAGUGGUUUUCGUUACAGCUGUGGCCAUAUUCAUAAACGGAAUACAAAAACCCUGAGACAUUUGCACUGAAUACAAUGAAAUUUCAUCAUAUGCUACGUAUUAGCUUUAUUACUGAAGCGCUUUGUGUUAUGUUGCUUUGAUGCUUUGUUAUUAAUCGGGAAACAAAAGUUAUUGUGCCUAUUGUGUAAUAUUUUACGUGAGCAAUUCCUUCCUACCAGCAAAAUGUUGAAUUUCAUUAUAAUAAUGUUAUUUUUUUCUCCUUGUUCAGGUCAAAUAUUAACAUCAAUGAUGUUUUAGGAGAUUAUUCACUGGGAUUGUUAGAAUCUCUUGGCACAUUAGCAGUAAGUAAUGACAAUGAAACUGGAUUUGUGCCAGAAUGUUGUCACACAAAUAUAUUCUUACUAAGUUCUACACUUGUAAGUUGUAAAAUUAGCAACUAGGAAUGGUAAUAGGACUGAGUAGAGUAUAAUUUUGGGAGUAGUCAGGCAAGGGAUUUCAAAUGGACAAAGUCAGUAGCAGGAAGCUGAUUUGAAGUUGCGAGUAUGAUUACUCCGAAUUGAUAGGCACAAAGUCUGAUUACCAUUUAAUUGUGUCAAUAACAAAAUGCGAGAACUCAGGAAUGAAAAAUUUUAUGUUGGAGCACAUGUGCAUCAUAUUGAUAUAUGUUUGUUUUCAAUGUGGAACUCUUCACCUGCUCACCUAAGUUUACUUUGUUUUGAUAGGCUAGCACUGAAUUCAUGGUUGAGUUUUAUUGGCUGAUGGCUGAAAGGGGUUAAUUUUAAUUGGCUGCUUAGCCUGUGUAAUUACUAGUCUUUGUAGUUGAACAGGUGAUAUAUGACAAUUUGGAGUCAUUUUUUCAUAAUAACUUUUCUCGCAGAUAAUGGGCAACAGCAGUGAAUUCAAGAGAGCUGUACAGCUUGUGAUUGAUUCUGUAACAUUUGAGAAGAAUAAUACAGUCCAAGUUUUUGAAGCCACAAUAAGGUAAUUUCAGGAGUAAUGAUAAACCAACCCUUUCACUCCCAAGAUCUAAUUAGUAAUUCUCCUUACUAUCUGCCAUACAAUUCUUAUGAUGUUAGUUCAGAGAGUUUGUCAUUGGAUCAACUAAUAAUCCCAUAAUUUAUAUUCUUCUCUAUUCUCAUCACCUGCCAGCUUGAUAUUGUAUUGAUAUUGUAAGGAGAAAUUUUGUCUUGGUCACUUGUGGGAGUGAAAGGGUUAGGCAAUUUGAAUAACCCUUUCACUCCCAAUUUCUAAAUGUUAAAUUCUGAACAUUGUACGCACUUUUGCCAUGCAUUUGUUAGGAUUUAGGAAAAAGACAAAAAAGUGUCUUGAUGAUCACUUCUAUAUACUUAAUCUACAUAUUGUAUCAAGUAAAGUAAUUUUAGCUGCAAUCUUAGCUGCAGUCCUAGAAAUUGCAGAAAAGGAGCCUGAAAAAAAAUUAGGCCUCAAACCCUUGCCUUCCAAGGCACUUAACCUUUUGACUCCCAUGAGUGACCAAGACAGAAUUUCUCCUUACAAUAUCAAUACAAUAUCAACAAGAUAGGUAACAAGAAUAAAGAAAAAUAUCAAUUUGGGGAUAAUUAGUUGAUCCAAUACUACAUUCUCUGAACUAACAUUUUAAGAAUUGUAUGGUAAGGAGAAUAACAAAUUUGAUCAGGGAGUUAAAGGGUUAACUACCAACUGAGCUACGAAGCCACAUGUAGAGAGCAUGAAACAUUUUUAGAAAGUUCUUCUUUCUGUGGAGGAAUAUGGUCACAUUAGUUUUAAAUGUAAAAAAUCUGGACUUGCGGAUGACAAACAUGUAAAGCAGCGCUCCUCUGAGUGAGCUGAAAUACCUAUAUCUCUGUGGUAAUUCUUGCAAAGGGAUCAAUAUUUUGUAUUUCUUUGGUUUAUUUUUUACAUUUUUUUUCUAUAGAGUUCUGGGAUCAUUGUUGUCUGCACACCUGAUUAUAAAAGAUCCUCUUCAACCUUUUGGUGAUAUGGUGCCGUUAGACUAUGAUAAUGAAUUAUUACUUCUAGCUCAUGACAUAGCAAAUAGGCUGAUGGCUGCAUUUGAAACGGCCACAAAAAUUCCAUAUCCUAGGGUAAGUAGAUGUGAAUACCACUCAAACCUAAUUACACCCUAACAUCAGUAUGCAUAUUCUCUAUACCCUCCUCUAUACAUUUCCCAAGGUGCUGAUAAGGAGAAUUUGUUUAACAAUCAAGAGCUUCUCUAGUUGGUGAUCAUAUUCUUUAUUCCCACAACCUUAAUGUGCUAUUCAGGGGCUUUUUUGGGAGGAGAAAUUAGAUGCUAGUCACUCUUGGAGUCAAAGACUUGUUAACUUGAAUUUAGGGAACGUUUGAUACAAUUCAUUCUGUUUGCUCCAAUUAGCUGUUGUCAGUAAUAAACUCACUUUUGGUUUAAUUAAUAUAUAAUACUUAAUCAAAAACUACUCAGAUAAAAGCUCAUUAGAAUACAUUGAAGGCUUUAACCCUUUAACUCCCAGAAGUGAUUAAAAUGUUACUUCUCCAAUAUAAAAUCCAUACAUUAUUCAGCAAACAGGUAAUGAGAAUAUUCAAAUUUAUCAGAUUGAAGUUGUUAUCUUGAUCGAACACCAAAUUCUUGUAACUAACUUAGAAGGAAAUAAAUAGCAGCCAGAUAGGAGAAUUGACAAUUAGAUCUUUGGACUUAAAAUGCUAAAAAGAAGUCAGAUCCAUUACAUUUGUUAUAAACCCAAAGGUGAGAAUGCCCUGAUAUAACAUUGGUUAUGUUUCCUUUUUUUUUUGUACAGGUAAAUUUAGUUGAUGGUCUGCCGUCAAUUUUAUAUAAUGAAACUUGUACAGCAGGAGCUGGUACUAUUAUAUUAGAGUUUGGAAUUCUCAGCAGGCUACUGGGUGAUCCAGUUUUUGAAAAUUUUGCACGCAAAGCAGUGGAGGCUCUCUGGAAGCGCAGGUCGUUAGAGACUGGGCUGCUUGGUGAGUUUACCCUUUACACCCUAACAUCAGUAUGCAUAUUCUCCAUACUGUUCCCCAUAUGUUUCCUUAGGUGCUGACAAGGAGAAUUUGUUGAAAAAUCAAGAGCUUCCUUAGUUGGUGAUCAUUUCCUUUAUUCUUGUGACACCAAUGUGUGAUUCAGGGGUGAUAUUGUAAGGAGAAAUUAGAUGCUGAUCACUCAGGGGUCAAAGGGAUAAUUCAUGUUAACCAUUUAACUCCCAAGAUAUGAUUUUAAAUUCUCCUCUUCAGCUGCUGCACAUUUACUUGUGAAUAAGCUAUGAGAAUUUGGUGUUAGAUCAAGACUACCAACUUCUACAGAUAAGUUUGAGUAUUCUCAUCACCUGUUUGCUGGAUAAUGUCCAGAUAUUAUAAGGAGAAGUUAUUUGUGAAUCAAUCCUGGGAGUUAAUAGAGGGCUUAUUAACCUCUUCACUCCUAGGAGUGAUAAAAAAUGAAUUGAACAGUUUGUAAACAAUUUUAAUCCACUCAACUUCGCCUCAUGGUUUAUAAACUUUUCAUGUGUUCUCUGAACAUCCCGUGUGGAUUAUAAUGCCAGUAAACUGAUGAAAAGAGCAUCUUAUUACUAAAAUAUGAUAGGUGAGGUUUCAAACUUCUUUUUCAUGUGUGAUUGCUCAUAGGAAAUGCUAUUAAUGUGGUGACUGGAGAAUGGACAGGAAAAAUGAGUGGAUUAGGUGCUGGCUUAGAUUCUUUUUAUGAAUAUCUUUUAAAGGUAAGAACCCAACUCAAAAUGAUGAUAUUCUCAGCAAAUUAGAUUGGAACUGGCUAUCAGCUAGUGGGGGUUUAGGUAUGCAUGCUCUAAGGAUAUUUGUCCUGUGAAUAUGUCAAAAGGCAAGAAGCUUCAAGUCAUGUGAAAAAUUGAUUGCACAAAAAUUUGUUUCCUUGUUUAUAGACACCUAAUAAUUAUUUUGAGCAUCUUGAAACUUGACCUGAACAUUUCAUAAUUCAACUCAAACCCCCAUCUUUGAUGUUUUGAGAAUUGAGGAUCACAAAUCGAGUUUUAAGGAUUGAAUUUGUAAGGGACUCUCAACUUACUUUUUGGCAGUAUUGUCUACAGGGAAAAAAACUUUGGUUUAUCUGCAAGGAAAAAGGGGAAAGACAUGUGAAUUUAUGAAUGCAUAGUAGGGAACUGUGUACUGAAAAGAUGGGGUCUUUGAAACAGAAAUAUGACCUUUGAAUAACAUAAAUCAAUUAACAUCCUGAUAUUGAACUGAAUAGGCAGCAUGUAUUUAUGUUAAAAUAUUAGCACUUAACUUGGAAUCCCAUUCAUUUUGCCCUUAAUGAGUGUGGAUAAACUUAACUUAUUUUACCAGGUUGGAGACAGCAAUAGAGUGUGACUAAUUUAGGGAGUGAGAAGGGGGGGAGGGGGGGGGGGUCAGCCAAUGAAAAAAUGGUCACCACACAGUAGAGGGUCAGGAAGCUUUUAAGCAUGGGCUUUCUCCAUUAGCACUACCCCUCCCCCUCUGAAUAAUGAAUGAUCGUUGCUCAGUUAAAUGUCGAUACCUCUAACAGAAGAACUCUUCUGAGUUUAAGUUCGAGUUUGAGUUUGAGUUUGAGCUUGAGCUUCACCCUCCCACCAGACAAUUCAAGUUUACCUUCAUUUUCGAAAUAUUUUAGCUCUGGAUGGGAGAGUAUAAUUUUUUUUCUUAAUUAACAAAGUGUAUUUUCUGCUUACUGCACAAGCAAGCCAGAUUCCAAGGAAUUUUGAAACUUUUUAUAUCUCCUGAUAGUCACCCAUCUUAAUUUUUUUUUUAUCUUGGAGUGUUUUUGGAACCCUUGCUGCCUUGUUUUUCAUCUGUGUAUAGAACUUAUAUCUAAAUUUUAUUCCUGAAUCAUUUUUUUACAGGGUUAUAUUAUGUUUGGGGAGACAGAGGAUCUAAAAAGAUUCAAUGAUAUCUACAAAGCCAUAAACAGAUAUCUUCGAAAAGGGUAAGGUAGUGUCUAUGAAACAGAGAAAAUUUCCUACAGCAGAAGAGAAAAGCUAACUUAUACCUACAGCUGUAUGCUGAAAUUGAGGGUCUACAGUGAGGUCUUUUUUCAGAAUCUGGAACUCGGUUCUUUCAGAAUCCGCAAUGCGUGUUGUUAACAUUUAAGGGUUAAGGUGAGCUAGAUUCGAGAUUUUGAAUUAAAACUGGCGAGACGAUGGAUUUGGAAACUCGACAUGGCGGAAAUCGUGAAAUAUCGCUUCAAAGAACCGCGAGAUCUGGGAAAGGCCGGUUGCGUACAGAAUUUUUAACUAGGAAAAUCAAGGUGCCAUCUUCAGAAAUCGGAAAUGCCUUUCUUUUGAAAGUCCUACGGAUGCUCAUUUCUUACCUAACGGUUGUGAAGCAUCAGCCUUAAAAAUUUUAACGAGCAUGUCCUUGAGUAUUGUAUCCAGCUUGUAUGGAAUGACAGGAGGGAUUAAAUUCACAUUCAUUUGGAGUAGACUGAGACAUCUAUUUUUCCCAUGUUGGUUAUUGCACAGGUAGCCCAAGCUCCCAGUGAGCUUCCGUAAAUGUGUAAUUUUUUUUUACUUUGCGUAAUGGGUGAAGAGCAAGGAUAUGUAUGAGAAUAAACGGUUGCACUCUUAACCUGAAAAAUCUCAGCUAAGUUUGAUUAAUAGCCCAUCGCACAAGGUAAACAUAUUUGUAUAUUUACGGGGAUUCAUUGGGCGAGCGUGGGUUACCUGUAAGGAAGUAAAUUUAUACACGUAAACACCUAAAAAUCUCCGAUUGUUACUUGUACUCCUGCAAAUGAGGCUGAUAGGCUCGUUCGAAUGUGCACGUGUUAAAAAAAAAAUGACCAAAAUUUAAGUGAAAAACUUUAACUUCCUAAGAUGUAAUACCUAUGACAUUAACAAUACAUCACUAUAUAAAAAUCUAUUAUUUAAAAAGAGCUAAAAAUUUGACAUGAACAUUUAGAAAAGUCACACACUCUGAAAGCAAAGAAUAAAAUAGAUCUGUGAAAAAUAAUAAUGAUAAUGAUGUGAUUAUUCUAAAGAGUAUUGAGCAAGAAUUUUUACUCUGUUUUAUUUUUCCUACAGUCGACCUAAAUGCAACGAAGGUAAUGGUUCGACACCCUUGUAUGUGAAUGUGCAUAUGAACUCCGGCCAAACAGCUAACCUGUGGGUAGAUGCUCUGUCAGCCUCGUUUGCAGGAGUACAGGUAACAAUUGGAGAUCUUCACUCGAGUAGUACUUAUUAUCCGGUGGUGGGUUGGUAACCAAUUAUACGACUCACGAGGUUAUUCUAGAGUGCAGCUUUGCGGGAUUACCGCAAUUCGAAAAAAAAAACUCUUAAAACGAAUGGUUUUUAGGGAACAAUCUUAGGGUGUUGUUUAGGGGGAAUGGAGGGGGAUCAGUCGUUGCGAGCAGAGUUUAAAAGGGGGACUACAGAGAAUUUACUGCCAAUGUGGGGGGAGGGGAGGGUGUCAUUACAAUACAACAGAACCUUAUGUUGGAGCUUGGAUACAUUUACGCGCGAGCAGAAUAUGAGUUAAGGACAAUUAUUUGUUGGUCACGUUGUCGUGUGUUGGUUAGUAAGAAAGAAGAAAAAUGUAUUGAAUGAUUAUAAAACUUGUUUUACUUUCGUCGGCUCAGGUGCUUAAAGGGGACAUUAGGGAAGCCAUUUGUACGCAUGCUCUGUAUUAUGCGAUCUGGAAAAAGUACGAGGCUAUGCCGGAGAGAUUCAACUGGCAAACUAAACAGUCAGAGGUUCACUUCUCUCCAUUACGACCGGAGCUGAUUGAAUCAACUUACCUUUUACAUCAGGUGAGAUGCUUGAUAAAUAGGAGAUCUGUCAGACGUAGUGGCCUCGUGGUUAGGGCGUUGGACUUCCGCUGGAGAAGUCUGGGUCCGAGCUCUGGCCGAUUUGGGCAAAUUACUUUACUUUCGCCGUGUUUCUUUCCACCCAGGAAUGUAUUGCAUACCUGAUCAAUUUGUCUAUUUGUCACAGGCCACCCAUCACCCGUUCUACCUCCACGUUGGCAGAGAAAUCAUGAGGGACAUAGAAAAACACAGCAAAGCAAGGUUCGUGUGUGUGAUGUUGUUGGUGUUUGUGUGUUCGUUUGUUUGGUUUCGUCAUGAUCACCUGAGUGUGGAUCAGUUUUCGGCUGAAAUUGGUAAGUUUUGAGGGACGAAAGUGUGGUGCUGAAAAGAUAUUUUAAACUCCUGUUGAGGGAGAAUUUGAAGGAGCGGUAUUCCUGAAAUAUUGCAGCAAUAAUUAACAAAUAGACAUCGAAGUGGAGGAGAAUAGAGGUGGAUAUUUCACCGCAUUGUUUUAGUAUAUACCACAGAGUUACUUUUGAUAAUUGGUGUAUUUCUUUCAAUAUCCCGAACAAUGGUCGAAAAUUUAACUCUUCACGCCAUUUUGUCCCAUCGGCCACUUGGAGGUGAAUAGUAACCAGCCAGUCAGCGCGCGCGAAAAGCUCUAUUCGUGUGGUACAUGCGGACAAACUUUUACUCUUUUUAUGCCGCUAAGUUAUGAUUAAUUUUGACUGCCUUUUGAUGCACUUUGCCAUUUUCAAUUGAAGUUCUGUUUGGUUUCAGGUGUGGUUACGCUACCUUACAUGAUGUGAAUGACAAAACUCAAGAAGAUAGGAUGGAGAGCUUCUUCUUGAGUGAAACGUGCAAAUAUCUUUAUCUCGUAAGUACUGAAGUAUUUGUAACCGAUUAUCACUUGCGAGUGUACAAGAAAUGAAAAUGUAGAAUUGAAAUGAUAAUCUUGAAGCUCACCAAGAACUCUUUCUUUCACUGGAUCAAUCAAAAGUAGCGUAGCAGCGUAACGAGUCAAGCCACUUUGCCUUAGUGUCAAAUGUAAUUCAGGAGUAGAUUGGCUUUGCUUUGCCUCGUGCUGUGGUUGGUCUUCAAUCCUUGCACCACCUUCACAACCAAUCGGAUGCAAGCAAAGUCGCCCGCGUUUCCCGCGCUUUAUCGAGUUUACUUGUAGGUAAUUUAGUGUUAACAACUGGGUUGAAAACGUAAAUUAGCCACCGUAAAGGGUAAAAAAGCUGACGUUUCGAGCGUUAGCCCUUCGUCAGAGCGAUUGACGAAGGGCUAACGCUCGAAACGUCAGCUUUUUUACCCUUUACGGUGGCUAAUUUACGUCAGAGCGAUUGACGAAGGGCUAACGCUCGAAACGUCAGCUUUUUUACCUUUUACGGUGGCUAAUUUACGUUUUCAACCCAGUUGUUAACACUAAAUUACCUGCUUUAUUCUCCCACCGACGCAGCACCACAGUUUCUUUAGAAACUUACCCCUUUACUAGUUUACUUGUACUCACUUCGUGUUCUUACUUGUGCUCUGAUUGGCCGCAGUGAUAACUUUGGUCACGGUUUCAUAGCACGUGACCCAAAGCCCCCAAGCGACUGAUUGUUUCUUUUUUUUCACAGCUAUUCGAUGAAAACAACCAUCUCAACCAGGACGCUUCAAACUACAUUUUUAGCACAGAAGGACAUGUCUUUAGAAUCGACUCUCGGUUUAGGAAAAGGCCAUGGGAUGAAGAGUCGAAAAUGUUUGCACAGAGGACAACGAAAAGAACUUUCCACACCCAGUCCUCAGGGGGUUAUAAUGACAGUAUUGGGGUAGGUGCCCUUGAGUAGGCCUUGAGAUUUUGUUGUUUAGUUUGUUGUUUGGUAUUCUUUGUGUCAACUAUACAAAGUUCCAAAACGUUUAUAUGUCUGUUUGUUUUUUUUUACUUAUUUUGCUCGCUUUCGUUCAUUUGUUCGUUUUUCUCUGUGUCCUUUUGUCCGUGCAUUGGAUCUGUAACUCGUUUUUUAUCUCGCUUCUUGGUUCGGUCAGUGGGAAUUUUGUUUGUUUGUUCCUUCAAUACACAAUUCCCUCGGUUGUUCGUUUGUUCAGUCGGUCGGUCGGUCAGUCGGUUGCUCGGUAGGUCGGUCGGGCGGUCGGUCGCUGAUUCGGUCUGUCGUUUUGUUAGUCGGUCGGGCGGUCGGUUCGUCGGUCUCUCGGUGGGUCAGUUUGCCGUUCGCUCGGGUGGUCGUUAAAUUGGUCUUGCUUUUAGGAGUUCGUUUCUUUGUUCGGUGAUCUUCCAAGUGUUUGUUCGUUUCUUCGUUCCUCUUCAUUUCCCCUUUGAGUUCAUUCCUUUGUUUUUUGUUGUUUUGUUCUGUCUUUGUUUGUUUGGCUGACUUUCUUUUUUUUUAUCGCUGAAUGUUUGGUUGCCUCUUGGAACCAAUCAAUCAGCGAAACGCAGCGAGCGAACCAUGGAGCGUACACGCGAAGCCUUCUUGUACGUGUUUUGUUGUUCGUUCGUCCUGUCUGUUCUGUUCUGUUCUUAUCAAUAAUACUUUCAUCGGUCACUAUCUAUUUAUUUCUCAGUGCGUCAGCUUUUGUAGUGACCUGAAUAGUCCUCUACCAAUGGACAUUCGAUACUGGAAAGAAGUAGAAGCAGCAGUUGGUGUAUGAUAGCUGUGCCAAUUACGCUGGGAAUAAACAACAAACAGCUAAUCGCGGCACAAGUUCCUUCACAUUGUGACUGCUACAUGGUACAACUGGAAAAUCAUUCAACUUCCCGGAAUCUCUUUCACACUACUACUAAAUGAUGUUUUAAUUCAGCUCAAACUGACGAUUAAAACUACAAUACGUUUGAGUCAAAGGGUUUUCUGAGAACUUGCAAUUUGGGGAUUUCUUCUCAAGCAACUAUGGACCAUUGCGUUUUCUGGCUUGAGGCUUAGCGCAUAUUUUAUGGACUAAUCCAGCACCUGGUUGCUGCGUCAAAGAGAUGAUCACUUGUCUCCAUGUACACUAGAUGUCUUAAAAGGGAAUUUUUUUUUAUCGCUACUACAGACUAAUGUACCCAGAAAGUGGUCGAUCAAGUGAGACAUCAUAUCAAUGAAACUAUGUCGAAGUGCUUUGAAAGAUUUUCUGAAGUGAAAGCUUCAACGGAAGUAUUCUCUCAAGAGUGGAAAAGUCAAGUGGGGGGAGUUAGGAAAAUGGAGGCUUAAUUUCCACGUUUCAUUUUUUUAAUUGAAAAAUGUCGAAGAUUUGUGAAAAAAUGGUUCGCGGCUGGAAUAACGCGACGUUUCUUCCCGGACAAGAGAAUGAUCGGAUGCCUUGGGAAAUUUUUAAGCUUGCUCGUUGCGCGUUGUGCUCAAAGUCCCUUUCGAAAAGUUCAAGUCGUUAUCAGUCCAGCUCUCUAUCAUAGGACUCCCAACCGCACGUCCCAUUUGUGGAGGGAACUUUUAAGAAUGCUAUCAGUCUACAUUAGAUGUAAGUUUGGCAAAAGUCGACCACAGAGCCACGCUGAAUUCAAUUCAUAGAAAAAAAGGAAUAAACUGAUGGUGAACGAUAAAACGGAUUUACAGAUUGUAAGGAAAAAAUAGCUAAGGAAAAAAAAGACAAAUUAAAACUUUUCUUGGUUGGUUUUAUAAGGGAAAUGGCAAAUUUUGUAAGAAAAACAAGUGAACAAAAUGGAAGUAUAUACCUAGAGAUUGAAAAUGUGUGUUUUUCAGUUCCGUUUAUAUGACAGUAACUUGAUGUUUACAGCUGAUAGCUAUACGUAUUAAUGUCAGUAUCUGUAAAAAUGCGCACCUACCCCUCCCCUAACCCAAAAACAGUCAACUGAUAGCAAAUUAGGGUUUAUGUUGGCUUAGGGGAGGGAUAGGUGUACAGUUGUCCAUUGAGUAGUCCCGCAAGUGCUAUACAGCUAAUAAAUCGUCAAUAAACUUUGCGGC